AUGCAGAGUAUGACGAGCUCAAAAAGAAGUGCAGCUACUGAUGCGUCCCUUGAACAAUCCCUUGCUAGUUUCAAGAUCAAAGAUGGACAUGUCUUUAAGGGGAUUGUGGCUGCGUUGCCUGCUGAGCCUAGAGCAUGUGGUUGUGUACAGCCUCCCCCUGUUGUUGAGAGUGUUGCACCAUACUCAAUUAUUGAGAAUAUCUCAGUUCAGAAACUGACUCCAGAAUAUAAGAUUGGAAUGGAGCGUUUGGUGAAAACAAAGACACCUCCCAUGAAGGCUUUGGAAAUAUGGCGUGAUAAGCCGGCUGUGGUCCUUUGCAUCCGCCGCCCUGGAGCUGAAGCCCAUCGACUGUAUGCCAAAAAACCCAUAUUUGAUGCUCUCGGGGUUCAAUUAUUUGUUGUUCUUCAUGAGCACAUUGAGGCAGAGGUAAAAGAUUUCUGGCCCCGUUAUUGGGGUGGUGUUGUACUCCAUGAUCGUGGAAUGGAAUUUUUCAAAGCUCUGGGUGGAGGGAAGCUGCUCAAGGACAAGUUCAUAUCUGGAUUUCUAUUCAAUCCUCGAGCCAUUGCAAAUUACAAACGUGCAAAAGCAAUGGGAGUGGAGCAAAACUUCAAGGGAGAAGGUGAAAUAAAAGGUGGACUCUUCAUAGUGGGCAGAGGAAGGAGUGGAAUAGCCUAUCAGUUUAUAGAAAGGAAUUUUGGAGACUGGGCACCUCUUACUGAAGUCAUUGACAUCUGUGCUCGGUUGCAGAACAAGCUGCAAAGUCAGGAGUCCAUCAAAUCAUCACAACAACAUGGAUAA